AUGUCUGCAAUGAAUCACAUCGACAUUGAUCCUCAGACAGCAACAGCCUGGGUCGAGGCAGGAGUGAACGUGAAGGAUCUUGAUGACGUCACAUGCCCACAAGGCCUGGCUGCAGUGAAUGGCUCCUGCACGACUGUCGGUGUAGUAGGUUUCACUUUAGGUGGAGGGUUUGGGUUUCUCAGCAGGACGAAGGGGCUGGCAGUCGACAACUGUCUUCAAAUGGAAAUUGUCACUGCUACUGGUCAGCGGAUAGUUGCAUCUUCGCAAGAGCACAGACAUCUCUUCUGGGUAUUGAGAGGAGCUGGGCAAGUGGGAUAUGGCGUGGUAACGAAGCUACAAGUCAAAUUACAUACCUUGCAAGAACAAUACGUCGGAGGUAAGGGACCUCUUUACUUAGAAGCAUUUUUGGGAUCGAUUAAAAAAAUCAUUUGAAACUUGUAACUUGACGUUGGACUCUUGCCUUAUUGUUAUGAAUAUUGAACUCUGUUGGACGAUUCAAGCCUGAUUUCUAUUAUGUUCGCUACAAUCGGUUAGAUCCCUGGAUUAUAUAACCGAAAUUUUAGGGGGAAUCUGGAAAAGGCCAGGCUUUAAAAAUACCUUUGAAAAUAAAGCCCGUCUCCGGAACCGUAUCGCUGUGAUGGCUGAACCCAUUUUCAGGCAUCCUAGCGAUCAUAUAAAACCAGGAUUUAUUGACAUGUUUGGUGCGAAAGCUUCCGAACACAAGGUCGAUCACGUUUACGCUCAUACCGUAACAGUUUAAUUCAAUUGAUUGCUAUAUGAAGGAAAUGUGAUAUAGGUGCAAUAGUUUAUAUGUUGACUGUUAAAGUGUUAUUUAGGUAAAGUGCAUACGAAGAGGAGGCCCACUCGGCGGUAGCUUAGUUCAGGUUCCUGUAACAUAGCAUCUAAGGGGUAAUUACAAGAGACCGGGACGAACUCAGACCGGUAUGAGUUCGUAUCGGUCUCCAUACAUUUCUUUUCAUGCGUUUACAUGGGACCGGCCAGAAAUGAACUCAGACCGGCCUGACUUCGUUUCGUCGCUGACCCGACUCGAGUUACUUUCGUACCUUUUUGAGACUGUACCGUUCUCAUGUAAAACGGAAACGAAUCUCAGGCCGGGUCCAUAAAUAGCAUGUUUCUUCGUAUGGCGCCAUCAUUUUUUGCUUUUUUUUCUCAGCAAAAUAAGAACACUGCGAUGAAUAGCUGUAAACAAGACUUCAAUUGAAUAUAUGAUUCGGUUAAUGUGACGGAUUGCAUCGUUUUGAGAUGCUGUGCAUUUAACAUGCCACCAAAUGAGCGUUAGAUUCAGUUUACAGUUUUCUGAGAGCAGUAAAAUAUGCGGUUCUCUAUUGACUGUCUUAAUUGGCGUAAAUUGUGUACCAGUUAGGACAGUUGGCGAAUAAUAUGUUAAAUAACCGACUUAAGAAAGUUAUAUAGCUCAAGGGGGGGAGUUUGUACCGGUCUCAUGUAAUCAACGAAGUGUUUCAUACCGGUCCCAUGUAAAGAUUAUCCGUUGUUGUGCUUUCCUCUGAAAGUGAGAGAUGCUGGCAGUAUGUCUCCGGCAUCCAUUUAAUGUACACAUGUGUAAAAAGAGACAAUUAGUGGAGCCAUAUAUAAUGGAUGACAUUUUUUUGUCCUGCGUUGUAUUCUAACAGGUCGCUUUUGGUACGUUCCGAUGAGCUCAACAAAGCUUAAGGAACUUCUGCACGUUAUGAGCGAGUUUUGUAGAUCAGCUGAAGAUGAAAUAACUUUCAACAUUUACCUUAUAACACAAGUCCCUGGGGUUGCAGUGGAUUACUUCUAUGACGGACAUCCAAGUGAAGCCGAGGGAAAACUCCUUCCGUUCCUUCGUAGUAUAACAGAGAGGUUUGGUCCCCCGGGAGAGAGUUCUACCGCUGUUAAUGGUCCUUGGGAAGAACAGACCACCUCUUAUGUCGAGUAUCAGCAAAGAUUUGGGGAGGAACCAGUGAAAACCUACAAGAUGUGGAAAUCUGCUUUUCUGGGAGAGUUGACUCCAGAGGUAUGGAUUGCGUCUAUUUGGGCGGAUUAAAGGACAACAACUGAGGUGUAAGGCUGGUUGUUCCGGUCACACAAAUCACUUCAGGGUUUUUGGUUGAGAAAAUCCUUGUUAGAAAAUCUCUAUCAGAAACCCAGAAAUACCCCAAGUGCUGCAAAGAUUUUGAGUUAAAUUCCUGCAGCGACUUCUGCAGUAAAGCUUUUUAACUAAAUAAGGGUCAAUUCACGGACAUGGGCUAAGGGGCUGACCCAAGGGGGGAAGGUAACUCUAUUGUUUUCCACUUAAGUUUCUCGACCCACUCCGCCUGCCAGUAUGACGUCACAUAGUAACGGGUAAGAGCCUCGGGUCGCUUGUGCAAAAUAGCAAGGGAUACGACAGUUAUUUGGACGAGAGAGGUCGAGGAAAAGCUAAGAAGCUAGCAAAUAUCGCUAUAUAUCGCUAAUUUGAUCGAAUGAGUGUGAGCUUUGGUGUUGCUGUAAUCUGCUUGUGUAAACCGUUUUGAUAUUUUGUGUCCAUGAUUAUACAAUUUUGUUAAUUUGUUUUGCGGGCCGUGUCGCGGGAUCGCCAUCUAUUUCACGGGAACGGCACUUAGGUCAUCAAAACUAAAAUCUUUUUCUCCUCUUAAAUAGGCAAGGUCUAGUCUCCAGAAUAGGAGGUUCCAUUCACAGAUCACACAUGUUUAUAUUUCAUCUAUUCUUUUGCUAAAUAAAUGGGCCUAACUUCAUAUCAUUCCUUUCGAGUGAGGGCCUCUGUUGAUCUCCUAAUUCUCCACCGAAUUCAGUAAAGCUAGUUCGAUCGAUUGUCUACAUCUAGUCGGUCCGUUGAACCCGAAAUAAUGCGAAAUAGCUUUGAAAUACGCGCUUAAGCUAAUUUUCCUCAAAUGUAUAUUUGAAUUCAUGAUAAAUACAGCUCCACCAACUUCAAACAGCGUCUAUGGCAGAGAAAAAUUAUUUUGAUAUGACAAAAUUGAUUUUUCAAAUCAUGAGUGUCACUGUGGUGCAGUGGUCAAGGAGUUUCAGGGGCACCCAACGAGAAUAUAGUUCAAAACCUCUUAAACAUAGCAUUGUUAAACGUAUUUUUAGUAUUUAAACGGUAGAUAUAGACAUUAUAGAUAUUUUUCCUUUAUCUCUUGUACGUUGUUUUUAUUUUUUCUCCAUGUAAAUGUAAGUAUUGUCAUUAGAAGUGUUUUAACCAAAUAAAUGUUAUUAUUAAAAAAAAAAAAAAAAAAGAUAUAGACAUAUUUUCAUGCCCUAAAAAUUUUUCAUCUGUUCGGAUUUCCUAGCUGAAAGUCUAGUGAUCCGAAAAUUAUAGGGAUCAAAACUUAUUUUUUCGAAACUUUCAGCCAGAAAAAAGGCUCCCGAAAAUUCUAGGUGACCUUUUAAGGGUAAAAAUCGGUUAAAAAUUGGCAAUUAUACCAUUUUUAGAUGUUCGAAAAUCCUAGGAGAGGCAGGCAAGCAAAAAAUUUUACAACAAAUGUUCCGAAAAUUCUAGAUCUCAAAUCGUCUUCCGAACAGAUUUUUCCGAAAAUUGUCGUUGAGUGCCCCUAAGUUUCUUGCACGUGCAGAUAAACAGGGUUCGACUCCUGCGACGCUGUUUUCUGUUUAUUUGUACCGGUUUUUUUUCCUGUUUGGUCUCUUUUUUUUUAAACACUAUUUUUCAUUUUGGCUUUUUUUUUCUUUAUUCUCACUGCUGACCCUGCAGGUCAUGCACUUGGAUCAAUAUAUAUUUUAAGCUUAAGUCCGGAGUUUUAUUUUGGCAAAGGGAUUUCAAAAGCUCUUGAUGUGCAUACUGGCCAAGCUUACGACCAGAUAAAAACCAUAAGCUGUCAAGACAUGUCCCUCCUCUGAAACAGCUCAAUGUUAGUUGACUUCAUGACAAAUAACACACAGUACACCACAAACUGUACUAAUUUACACACAACAUCCACCAGUGACCCACUGGCGAAAGUUAAACUUGCCUUUUGUACAUCGUCUUAAUCAUCAAUAUUAUUACCUGUAUUACUUAAAAUCUCCACUGGGUUUGCCCCCAAAAAUAAUUGAACGAAACCUUUUAUUGGCUUUCGGGAUUUAAUUACAGAAUAACAGGUGUAUGCCCAAUACAGUAUUAAAAUGCGCCGGUAAAGCAACAAGAUUCAAUGCUCACAGUCUCUCACAAAUACCUGUCAUUUAGCUUCCCCCUUUCAACGCUACAGCUAAGCGAACUUUGAGAGGAACGAUAUGGGGUUCCACUAGCUCUGAAGAGCUGAAAAUAAGCACAAUGUAAAGUGUAAUACAUCCUUUUUAUGAACCUCCUGUACGUCGUCUUAAUCAUCAAUAUCAUUACCCUAAAAUCGCCACUGGGUUUACCCAAAAACAAUAAUUAAACGAAACCUUUUAAUUGGUUUACGGGAUUAAGCAACAAGAUUCAAUGCUCCUAUUUCAAGGCUACAGCUAAGCGACCUUUGAAAGGAUUGAUAUGGGGUUCCACCAGCUCUGAAGAGCUCAAAAUACGCCUGAUAUAAAGUAUGAUAUAUCCUUUGAUGAAACUCCUAUUGCUGUGUCUAAACUCCUGAAUCUUGCUGUGCACUGGCCCUCAAAAGUGUGACCGGUGGGUAUGAUUGCCCUUAAAAUUUGCUCGACUAUAGAAAGGAAUCUUUAAAAUUCAUUACACCACUGGACAUUUCCUCCAAAAAAGUACUUAAGUCUAGUUUUCUAUGACAAUAGGAACCUUAAAAUCUCCAAAUCCAAGAAAUCGGAUCAGUAUUUCCGUGAUUAAAUCGAAAUUUUAUCCGUAUCUUCGAUGAACAGUUUGCUCGCCAUUUUGAAAGUCACUGACGCGAGACGUGACGUCAUACUGGCGGGCGGACUACCACAGAUUUCUUGAGACACCUUUCCCCCGCUGGGGCUGACCGUUUGACUUUUGAGGGGUAUGGGUAAUUUUAGAAACAAAAAUAUCCUGCAGACUCAUUUUGAAAGAAACAAAUUCUUGCCAGGAAAUACCUGACGAAAAAAAUUCUUACGCUGAAAAAUACCUUUCAUGGCCUAUAAUGCUGGGAAAAAAAGUCCAGAGGUUUUGGGGCAAAAUUCUUUCCGGACCAAAUCACCUAUACCUCCCCCCAAUCCAUUGACGUAAUUGUCAGUUUGACUUAUCAUUCCAUUAUAUUGUGUGAAGCUUUUGAAAUUUUAUCUCUUUUAUUAUUUUACAUUUGGGUGACUAAAUGAUGAUACGUUGUCUUCUUUCUCUUACCAUGCAGGUCAUUCAUAUCAUCAUUAGCCAAUUGGAAGAAGCUCAGUUUCUUCUAACCCCACACUAUCGGCCUCGAGCUCUUGGGCGGAGAAAUCAACCGUAA